AUGAACUCGCUCAACAUCAUCACCGCGCGCGUGUCGCCGCCGCCGAGCCCAACCCACUCCCGAUCCAACAGCAUCAGCGCCGGCCUCGACGACAAGGCGCUCGACCUCGACGUGUCCGACGACAAGGCGGAUGGACACGAGACCCAGCCCUUGACCGCCGAGGGCUCGGGCUCCCUUUCCGAGAAGCGAUACGGCGCCGACGGCGAAGCGGCUUUUGCCACCGAGGAGACGCCGCUCUUUUGCGAAUCCAAGCCGGAUGGGAAGCGCUCGAGAUGGUGGCAUGUGCUGCCUCGGGGCAUCGCCUCCAGCAUCAUCAGCACCAUUCAGUGGCUGUUUGCUACGCUGACUGCGCCCGGAUACUACCUCAUCUCCUGCUUCUACGACGACUUUGGCAAGUUUGCGCCAAUGACACAGCUGAAAAAGCUGUUUGGCUUCCACAGCGGCGAUUUGGGCACGGAUAGUCUGUAUGGUUCUCCCGAAAAGGCGAACAAGGCCGGUCGAAAUUCACGGCAUCUCGGAGUCCCGGCCAAAUCGUUUCAUUCCUCCAGCACCUCAUCGUCUGGUCUAUCCUCCGAGUCCGAAGACGAACCCCGUGCCGCCAAGAGCCGGCAUACUCGCUCCAAAUCAGCCAAAUCCAGUGAUGAAACGGGCGCGGCUCGGCGCUCUAUUCGAAUAAAACUAAACGACGAAGAGCAGCGAAAACAUAGAAAGUCACAAUCUACCGCCUCUCAUGGCAAGGGUGACCUCAGUCGGGGCGACUUGUCUGCGCAACUCAAGUCUCCAACAUCUCCGAUUGCCGCCCUGACCAAGUACCCGAAGACACCUGCGCCACCACGACCAUUGAUCCCCCGACGACAACCAUCGUACCUGAAUCUUCUUGAGCCUUCACGAAAGCAACAGAAGACGCUUAUCCUAGAUCUCGACGAAACGCUCAUCCACAGCAUGUCUAAAGGAGGGCGGAUGAACAGCGGUCAUAUGAUAGAGGUCCAGCUCAACACUGCGACUUUGGGAAUGAGUGGACAGAGCAGCGCUGCACAGCACCCCAUCUUGUAUUGGGUCAACAAGCGACCCUUUUGCGACGAGUUUCUCCGUAGAGUGUGCAAGUGGUUCAACUUGGUUGUCUUUACCGCAUCAGUCCAGGAGUACGCCGACCCGGUGAUUGAUUGGCUGGAAACGGAAAGAAAGUUCUUCUCAGCAAGAUAUUAUCGUCAACACUGCACAUAUCGACAAGGAGCCUACAUUAAAGACUUGAGUUCUGUUGAGCCGGAUCUGAGUAAAGUGAUGAUUCUGGACAAUAGCCCGCUGAGCUAUUUGUUCCAUGAAGAUAACGCCAUACCGAUCCAAGGCUGGAUCAACGACCCGACAGAUGGCGACUUGAUGCAUUUAGUACCUCUACUGGAAGGUCUCCAGUACGUUCAUGAUGUUAGAGCUUUAUUAGGGUUACGCAGCGGCGAGUAUGGCCAUCUCCAAGCAUAG